AUGGAUGCUGUCCUCAGUCAGCGAAAAAGAACUUCAAUGCUUUUGGAGUCGAUUCAGCCUAAGUCCUUGCCAGAGGCGGAAGACUCUGGUAAAUUAAGUUGUACUAUACAUUUUCAAAAUGGUAACUUGCUUGUUUUUUGUGUGAGUGCUUUUAAAACGGUGGCUGGCUUUAUAGAUAUUCACUGAAGCUGGCUAGUAUCCCAAACCCUAGCUAAAGACAUUUUAGAUCUAACCUGUACAAUAUUUUAGGUUUAAACUUGGAUUUGUUUGUGUUUCCCACUGUAGGUCCCGGUUUAACUCUGUCCUCACUGCGUCUCCUUGCUCCACUAUUAUGCCUGAUGUUAGCAUUCUUGUGGCAAGUGGCUCAGCAGCAUAUUGUAAAGCAUUAUGGGAAACUGGAGGAGUUUGUGACUUUGGUGACAGAGAUGGUUCCUGAGGUGCUGAGUUCCAGGCAGAGGACCCAACUCCUCCUGGGUCUGAGAGCAAGGGUGAGAGAGGUGGAAAUGCAGAGGAUUCUGAUAAAGUAUGGGCAGCUACUAGCUGCAAAUAGUAUGUUUUCCCCUGGGGCUGCCUCUCACAUGUCUACCUCUUUUUCAGCUGGUUCUGGAGUUAUGUCGCAAUGAGAGCACAGCUGACCUCGUGACCAUUCAGCCUCACCUGGACAAAAUCCAUUAUUUGACAGAAUACGCUGUACACAAAGAGUUAAGUUAACUUAUUUUGGCAACAUUUUAAAGUGAAGCAAAUAUGUUUUUAAGAUGUGUUCAGCCCAUAUGUUGAGGUUAAGUUAAUGUCUGAUGUCAUUUGUUUUGUUUGUUUAUGCUUACUGACAGAGUAAUCAAAUCAAAUCACAUUUUAUUUGCCACAUGCGCCGAAUACAACAGGUGUGGACCUUACAGUGUAAUGCUUACAAGCCCUUAACCAACAAUGCAGUUUUAAGAAAAAUAAGUCUUAAGUAAAAAGAAUAGGUAAGUAUUAAAUAAAAAAUAAAUUAAAUGAAAGAGCAGCAGUAAAAUAAAAUAACAGUAGGGAGGCUAUAUACAAGGUGUACCGUUACAGAGUCAAUGUGCGCGGGCACAAGUUAGUCGAGGUAAUUGAGGUAAUAUGUACAUGUGGGUAGAGUUAAAGUGACUAUGCAUAGAUAAUAAACAGAGAGUAAUAGCAGUGUGAAAUAGGGGGUGGGGUGGGGGGACAAUGCAAAUAGUCCGGGUAGCCAUGAUUAGCUGUUCAGGAGUCUUAUGGCUUGGGCGUAUAAGCUGUUAAGAAGCAUUUUGGACCUAGACUUGGCGCACCGGUACUGCUUGCCGUGCUGUAGCAGAGAGAACCGUCUAUGACUAGGGUGGCUGGAGUCUUUGACAAUUUUUAGGGCCUUCCUCUGACACCGCCUGGUAUAGAGGUCCUGGAUGGCAGGAAGCUUGGCCCCAGUGAUGUACUGGGCCAUACGCACUACCCUCUGUAGUCCCUUGCGGUCGGAGGCCGAGCAGUUGCCAUACCAGGCAGUGAUGCAACCAGUCAGGAUGCUCUCGAUGGUGCAGCUGUAGAACAUUUUGAGGAUCUGAGGACCCAUGCCAAAUCUUUUCAGUCUCCUGAGGGGGAAUAGGCUUUGUUGUGCCCUCUUCACAACUGUCUUGGUGUGUUUGGACCAUGAUAGUUUGUUGGUGAUGUGGACACCAAGGAACCUGAAGCUCUCAUCCUGUUCCACUACAGCCCCGUCGAUGAGAAUGGGGGCUUGCUCACUCCUCUUUUUUCCCCCGUAGUCCACAAUCAUCUCCUUUGUCUUGAUCACGUUGAGGGAGAGGUUGUUAUCCUGGCACUACACGGCCAGGUCUCUGACCUCCUCCCUAUAGGCUGUUUCAUCGUUGUCGGUGAUCAGGCCUACCACUGUUGUGUCGUCAGCAAACUUAAUGAUGGUGUUGGAGUCGUGCCUGGCCAUGCAGUCAUGGGUGAACAGGGAGUACAGGAGGGGACUGAGCACGCACCCCUGAGGGGCCCCUGUGUUGAGGAUCAGCUUGGCAGAUGUCUUGGCAGAUGUGUUGUUACCUACCCUUACCACCUGGGGGCAGCCCGUCAGGAAGUCCAGGAUCCAGUUGCAGAGGGAGGUGUUUAGUCCCAGGGUCCUUAAUGAUGAUGAGUUGGAGGCUACAGAGUCUAACUUUGUGGAGUUGGUCCAAACCCUGCUGGAAGACCCUUCUGAGAGGGAGCACUUCUUUCAGGUAAGAGAUCUUUCUGGUUCGUGACUAUAAAGUGCUUAUUGCUUGUAUCAGCAUUGGCACUGGACUUUGUGUUAAAUUAUCUAUUUUUCAGGAGGUGUUGCCAGUACACUACGGCCCUCAGUAUGACACAGCAGUGCAGGUACUGGUAUGGGAGUUCCUCUCCAGACUGGAGGAGCUGCAACCUGUGCCAGACUUCACACAGGUACAGAUUAAAGCAUCACAGUAUACGUUUGAUCCUUUUAGUUUACAGUAGGUUGUAUGCCAAAAAAAUAGUUUGCUGUCUUACAAAGAUCGCCAGAGUACAACUGAAUAGAAAAUACUUCACAUGACAUUUUAGGUAAUUCCAUGUGUGUAAAACAUCAGGUGUCUGGCAUAGUGUAUUUUAACUGUAUAUUCCUCUGCUCCUCAGACGGCAGCAUGGCUCAGUGCUGCCCCCUCUGUCUUGGAGGAAUGUGGACAGACUAUAUUUGACCCUGAAGCACUAAAGACACUUCUGCAGCGCAAUCAACAUCAUGGAAACCUGAAAAAU